GUGAGGAGCUCUCUGAACAGGGGACGGAACCACCACCUCUGUGCCAUGUGGAGGGGAAGGGCCCUGGGUGUCUGGGCAGUGCUGGCCAGCCUGGCUGUGCCCAGCUGGGGUAACCAAGGACCUAAAAUAAUUGUGAAAGAAGUCAGUGGGAAGGUGUUCUUGGAAUGCACAAGUGGACAAAGUAAAGUUACGUGGUGGAAAGACGGGAACGAGCUUGGAAACGAAACUCAGCUGGAGCUGAGCACAGUUUACGACGAUCCCAGAGGCCUCUACACGUGUCGAGCAGGAGAGGCAGCAGAGGGGAAGCUCCAGGUGCACUAUCGAAUGUGCCAGAACUGCAUCGAGGUGGACGCUGCCACCGUCUCGGGGAUCGUGGUCGCGGACGUCGUGGCCACGGCGCUGCUGGCAGUGGCCGUGUACUGUGUCACCGGCCACGACAGGGGACACACGUCCCGAGCCUCUGACAGGCAGAACCUGAUUGCCAACGACCAGCUCUACCAGCCCCUCGGAGAGCGGGAGGAUGAGCAGUACAGCCGGCUGGCACCCGCCCGGGCCCGCAAGUGAGGUGGGGACACUCUGGAGCCUGUGACUCCAUCAGCACACAGGCUUUGCCUGGACAUCCCUCCUGCUCCAUGCCAGGCUGGGCUACUUGCAGCACUGUGCUCUUUCCAUGGCCUCCUGCACUUCUGUAUCCCUCUCAUUAAAGAUGAG